UAUUUAAUUUCUUUCUCUAAUGGCAACUCCAUCUUUCUUUCUCCAUUUAUCUUUACUUCUUCUCCAUUUAUCUUUCAAAUUCGAAUUUGGUCGUUCUGAUCCCGACCCCCUUCAAGAUUUCUGUGUAGCCGAUCCAAAGGCUUCUACAUCUUCCUUUUUCAAUGGUAUCCCUUGCAUCAACCCAAAUUUAGCAACAGUGGAUCAUUUCAAAACUUCAGCCUUAUCUCUCCCAGGAAACACUAAAUCCAACCGUUUUGGGUUCAGUGUUACGGUUACAAACCCCCAAAAUCUACCUGGAAUCAACACAUUGGGCUUAACCUUGGCUCGAAUCGACCUUGACCCUAGAGGACUCGUGCCACUUCACUCGCACCCACGAGCCUCAGAGGUCACCAUUUGCUUGAUUGGCCAAAUGGUUGUGGGGUUUGUGGACACAUCUAACCGUGUGUUCACUAAGAAAAUUGGACCUGGUGAAUCGUUUGUUUUUCCAAAGGGGUUGCUCCAUUUUAUGUAUAAUGAAGAUUUUAAGAAGUCUGCUGUUGCUGUUUCUGGGCUUAAUAGCCAAAACCCUGGUGCUCAAUUGUUGGCUUUAGCUGUCUUCACUUCUAAACCUGAAAUUCCUGAAGAAGUAUUGAAGAAAUCUUUUCAAAUUAGUGAAUGUGAAAUCGCCCAUAUUCGUAAGAGUCUUGGAGGUUGAAUUCAAUGUUUGGUGUUUGUAUAUUAUGUUUGGCUCACUUGACUCAUAUAUGAUUUAAGUAAUUUAUAUAUAUGUAUGGAAAACAAUUCUUAUUAUAUAUAUAUACAAAGAAUCUAAAAGUGUGAACCUUCACUAACAA